CUAACUGCCGAGUGCCCGCGACGAGUCAAACUCCCCGACGCGUCAGCGUCUUCUCCCCUCGCUCCCAGCCCAUCCCCUCUGGCUACAGACUGUCGAAUGGUGCCAAGCUUCCUCCGCCCCUCCCGCUAGGGUUCCGGCUCCGCGCCACGCCGCCAUGGAGGCUCCGCUCCUCCCCCUGCUCCUGCUCUUCCUGGCCGCCGCGGCGGGCCCGAACGCGGCCACCGCAGCGAGGGACGGCUGCACCUCGGGCUGCGACCACGCGCUGGGCUCCUACUACGUCGCGUCCAACCAGAACGUCACCUACAUCGCCAGCCUCUUCGGGUUCUCCGACUACCGAGUGCUCGGCAAGUACAACCCCGGGAUCCCCAACCUCGACUUCGUCGCCGCCGGGGACCGCCUCAACGUCCCCUUCCCCUGCCAAUGCAUCGCGCCGCCGUCCGCCCCGGCCUCCACCUUCCUCGCCGCCCCUAUCCGCUACGACGUCCACACCGGAGACACCUACAUCAGCAUCGCCGACCAAUUCAACAACCUCACCACCCCCGCCUGGCUGCAGGCCACAAACACCUACCCGGCCAACAACAUCCCCGACGUCGGCUCCGUCAACGUCACCGUCAACUGCUCAUGCGGCGACCCUGGGAUUUCCACCGCUUACGGCCUCUUCCUCACAUACCCGCUCAGGGACAGAGAGACCCUCGCCUCUGUCGCCGCCAAUCAUAGCUUCUCGUCGCCGGAGCAGAUGGACCUGCUCAGAAAGUAUAACCCCGGGAUGGAUGGUGUCACCGGGAGCGGCAUCGUGUAUAUCCCAGCCAAAGAUCCCAAUGGAAGCUACCUUCCUCUGAAAUCACAAGGGAAAAAAAGUUCAGCGGGAGCAAUAGCAGGAGGUGUUGUGGCUGGUGUACUUGCACUAGUGCUGGGUGUUGUGUUAUUCUUGUUUUAUAGGCGAAGAAAGGCGAAACAGGACGCUUUGCUUCCAUCUUCUGAAGAAUCUACCCGUCUAGCCAGUGCAGUAUCCAUGCAGAAGGUGACACCAUCGAGCAGUCAAGCUGAUGGAGCUUCACCAGCUGCUGGCAUUACAGUUGACAAAUCAGUCGAGUUCUCAUAUGAAGAACUUUUUAAUGCUACAGAAGGCUUUAACAUAAUUCAUAAAAUUGGACAAGGUGGUUUUGGUGCUGUCUAUUAUGCUGAGCUCAGAGGCGAGAAAGCUGCCAUAAAAAAGAUGGACAUGCAGGCUACUCAAGAGUUCCUUGCUGAGUUAAAAGUUUUGACACAUGUUCAUCAUCUUAAUCUGGUGCGCUUGAUUGGUUAUUGCACGGAGAGUUCUUUGUUCCUUGUCUACGAAUUUAUCGAGAAUGGCAACUUAAGCCAGCAUUUGCGUGGAACUGGUUAUGAGCCUCUUUCUUGGGUUGAAAGAGUUCAGAUUGCACUAGAUUCAGCAAGAGGUCUUGAGUACAUUCAUGAGCAUACCGUUCCAGUGUACAUACAUCGGGACAUUAAAUCCGCAAACAUAUUGAUAGACAAGAACACCCGUGCAAAGGUUGCAGAUUUUGGUCUAACAAAACUUACAGAAGUUGGUGGUGGUACAUCUUUGCAAACACGUGUUGUUGGUACAUUCGGUUACAUGCCUCCAGAAUAUGCCCGAUACGGUGAUGUUUCUCCUAAAGUCGACGUCUAUGCCUUUGGUGUUGUCCUGUACGAACUCAUUUCAGCCAAAGAUGCCAUUGUCCGAUCAACUGAAUCUGCCAGUGAUUCAAAGGGAUUGGUUUAUCUGUUUGAGGAGGCUCUCAACGCACCGGAUCCGAAGGAAGGCCUCAAGAGGCUGAUCGAUCCAAAGCUGGGAGACGAUUACCCCAUCGACGCCAUUCUCAAGAUGACGCACCUGGCGAACGCGUGCACACAGGAGGACCCCAAGCUGAGGCCGACGAUGAGAUCCGUGGUGGUGGCGCUGAUGACGCUGUCCUCCACGAGCGAGUUCUGGGAUAUGAACGCCCUCUACGAAAACCCGGGCUUGGUGAACCUCAUGUCCGGGAGAUGACCUCCUCUCUUUAGCCACAUCCACAUGCCUCCCCUGGCGUUGUACAUCGGGGUUCUACAGUCAAAUGCGGGACGAUAAGGCGGCAGUGACAGCCUGACAGCAUCGAUUGUUUUGGCUAUAUCUUCGACGUGUAAUUUCCCAUCGGUAUAGAUUCUUUUUAUUCUCCUUUUAUUUAUGCCCGAGUUCAUAUUUUUCUUCUUCUUGGAGACCUUAGCGCCACGUUCAUCUGAGUUGUAUCAUUGUAUGUGUCAAGUGUAAUAUAUUGACGUGGCAAUGGAAAUAGCUAAUAGGCCUUGUA